GUAGGAUGAAAGAAGAUGGAUGUUGCUGUUGCACGUGUGAGGUUGAGAAGGAAAAAAGAAUUUCGAAAUCAGUUUUGUUAGAACUGGUGCGUAAACGUUUUAAUAAAAUUAGUGGUUCUGUUUAUUGUGUUGAAGCUUCGAGUUAUGGAGUCUCUAGCUAUAAUACUGUCAGCUAUGGCAUGUGGAUCUGUGGUUUUCAUAACCGGCUUAAGCCUAUAUUUCAAAAUCAGGAACAAAUUUCCUAUCCGUGUGAACUGCUGGUUUUGCAAUAACAACACUGAUGUUCCAUAUAGAAACCGCAAUUGCUGGGAUUGCCCACAUUGUGACCAGUACAAUGGAUUUCUUCCAGACGGAAGCUACAAUAAGACAAUUCCAGCCCAGCAUGAUGAGUUGUUGAAUCAUCCAGUCCAUGCAAUCUCUCCUAGAAAACAGUCACUUUCUGAUGCAAAUGGAAAUGGCCUCUGUAGAAAGUGCAACAUAAACCAGGAGCUAAAAGUACAGCAGCUGGCUGUAUUUAUGCCUAUUAAUCCUGCACGUUAUGAUGAGGAAGUGGAUGAGUUCAGGCAUCAUUUGGAACGUGCUUACCGCCUUUGCUCUCCCUGUGAAGAGGUUCUUGAACAAACGCUACAUAAACAGAAGUCCAUGCUUCCUGAUUUUAGGUUGAAGCAAUUACAUAACACCUCACUGUACAGUAAAGGUUUUAUGUCUGUCUUGAAGAUGAAAUUGUUCCAGUUUUCAUGGAAUCCUGUGACCCGUUACUUCACUGCAGUGUUAGCUGCAUGGUUUGUUCUGGCUGCAUCAGUUCAUUUGAACAAAGGACAGUUUCCAUUUCCAUCUACAAUACAGAAUUCUUCUGUCUGGUCUACACUUGAAAAAGUAUCCCCACAGUUUGUCAGUCUCCUGCUGGUAACAUUGACGUAUGAGAUUCCUUUCACCGCUUUUGGUAUGGUGGCCCAGUUUGCAGCAUCCAGCCGAAAGAAACGCGGAAAGACGGGCAUAAUCUGUAUGUGCUUGUGGAUUCUUUUGCAUGUUCUGUCUUGGCUGAGGACAUGGAAGAAGCUAGAGAAGUACAUAAGUUUGCUGGAUUUUAGUAUUGCACAUGUUGCUGUUGCCUUCAUGACUCUGUGUGUGUGCACUCUUGAUGCCAUGAUGAUACGGAGAAGAUACACUGCAGUAAAACGCCACAAUAUCACAAGAAAAUAUAUUAGUCCCAGCAGCUCUACAGAAUCAUCCUAUAACUUGUCUAGUAUUUCUGAUGAGAGUCCCACAUCUGUAUCAGGAAACUGUCAACAGAAACAUCUGACCAGUACACUGUCAUCUCAUGAGGAUGAUGCCAAACUUCCUGAAGCCCGUGAUUUCUGUCCCAUUAAUGCCACUUCAUAUUCACUUCACGCUCCUCUCUCUUGUCAUAUUACAUCUGCUUCUGAAGAUGACAAAUCAGAGGACUUAGGCCGUGGACUUGGAAACUUAACUUUAGGUUCCUCAUCAUGUGAGAACUGGAUCAGUAAGAAAAAUGGUGUCAUUUCUUCAUUUGAGACCAAGGUAUAUGGACAGAAUAGGUGCAGUGAGCUGUUUAAUGGCAAUUUAAGAAAUCGAAAAAGACCCAUUAUCCGACCAUCUCAGCUCAGUUUGUUUAAGAAUGUUACACAGUCAUCAUGGGUUGCUGGAGGAUACUGGCAGUCUCUGGCUCACAGGCGGGACCUGCCAGUAUCAGGACCUGUAUCUCAGGAGAUUUCUGCUGCAACUGCUUUUGCUCCAUUAUCAAGAUCAUCCAGCCAGAGCUCAGGAUUUGUUUCUCAGUCAAGUCAGCGUGGUGUUUAUGAUGGUGCUACAAGCCUGCCGAAUUCUCACACUGGUUCCAUUUGUGGAGCAGACAUUGACAGUUUCUCAGCACUCUCAGAACCAAUUUCUUCACGUACCACAACUCCUGUUUGCUAUGCUGCAGCGAGGCCUGGUACAUUUAUUGAUGCUUCAUGUUAUGGAGGACCUCCAGUCAUUACGCACCAGGCCUACAGUGUGCUUCCUCAACUGCCUAUGUUCUUACCAAACUAUGGCUCUUUGCCACACCCACAGCCUGUACCUUGUUACUACCCCCCUCAGUCCCCCCGUCCCCUGAGUCCCAUCUGGAACCAAUCUGCAUUUUCAGUUGUACCUGUAAAGCAACCUCGGACACCAGCAGCUGAUGUUCUCAGUCAGUGUAGCAGCCAGGAUUUGAAUGAGAAUCAAGGUUCUUCAGCUAAAACUGUUGUAAAACGUGAAUGUGUGUGGAGACAGCGCACCUUUGUUUCAGCUGUGCGUGAAAAUUUGUUUCUAGCUAUUCUAUUUGCAGGCAGUCUUCUGUUUAAUGUGUUGAUUCUUGUAGGUGUCAUGUUGUGGAAUAGUAGCACAUUGCUGUCUGGGAUGCUGUCAUGAUGUUAAGUGAAGUGAUGUAAGCAGGAUUCUGAAUGGAUUUCUGGGAGUGUGAGGAUUGUCUGUGUUCCAGCAUGUAAUUAGCUAUAUGUUUGAAUAUUGUGUUUGUAAAUACCCCAGAGUUUCUUUUGAAGAAGUGGAUGUUUUACAUGCGCAUGCGCACAUGCACACACACAGAGUUUUAAUAAUUUUCAAAAGAUCAGGCACAUUGUUUUGUUACUGUGUGAAGUAAGAGCAGAAAUGGAAAGCAAACUUCUACAAUACAAAACAUUGUUAAAAUAAGAAUGUACUCUAUGUUUUAUGUCUCAGACACCAUUCACUUCCUAUAUUUGUAGCUAAGAGACUUAGAAGUUGUCAUGAUAAUUGUUCCUUUGUAUUUAUUAAUAAACAAGUGCAUAUGUUUGUUGAACAGAAAGACCCUUAUAAUUUCAUUGAGUUAACAGGUUUUUUUAAGUUAUAUUUUGAAUGCUUUUUGUUCUAUUAUUAUUUUAUUUUUCUGAUUGCUUUUGCUUGCCAUCUUCUCAUAUUGUAUUAUUAAGGAUUAAGGUCCCCAUUAUGCAAGAUGGACCUGAGAAGAUUAAAAUGCAUUUUGAUCUUUGUUUGCGAAAUAAUGUUUAGUUGAUGGAACUAAAGGAUUAGUGUGAAGAUUGGACACGUCAUAUGUAUUGAACAUAUUGUGGCAUGUAGACCCACUGCUAAGUGGUGACUGUAAACAACAACCAUUGCUAUGCAAUGGCACGAUAAAUAUGAUCCCAUUGGUAGGCAGUGAAGCUGAAGAAUCUCCACUUUUGGAAGCCAUUGCCAGGGAACGGCUGGUGAAGAAACAGCAAGCCGUAAAAGGCUUAGCAGGUGCUAUGGUGAUCUGUCAAUAGUGAAGAAUAGUGGUGGCGCUGUAAUUACUUUUACUUAAGAGUCAUGUGUAUAAGUGGCCAAUAAAUCUGAUUUCCAGUCCAAACCUCAUCUAUAGUCACACAUACACAUGACAAUAUUGUUAAGAAGCUAGCACAUUCAGAUUAUGAGCUUCUGCAGUGUGACACCAUGUAGUUUCAUAGAUAAUAUCAAUGUUUGUGGGUAACCAAACUACGUACAUGACAUCAUAUCCAUUUUCUACCCUGUAGAUAAUGGCAGCGGGUUUCUCUGAGGUGUUGUUAACGUUUACCAGGCUACAUGGUAUCACAUCCCAGAAGACAGUUAACAGUCACUGCCAUGAGAACCUCAGAUUUCACAGAUUUUAUAAUGUGUAGUUGAAAUGGAAAUUUGUGUGCAGAAAAUCUUAAUUGGGAAGUAAUAUGUGUGUGUGUGUGUAUUCAUGAAGACACACUGGUAACUUGCAUAUUAAACUGGUGUUAUCUAUUUUAUUUAAUUUAAGUUUAUCUGACGAUGCUGUCAGGAACUCAGACUAAAUAGCAUCAAAUGAUUAGAUGAUAGUGUAUAACGAAUUUGUAGAGGAUUUAAGACUCUAAUCAUGAAGUCAUCUGGAGGGACCGAGAAAAACCAUGAAAAACCUCAGCCAAGAGAGUUGAUGUCCUGGCUGAGAUUUAAACCAGGCCUAUCCCAAAUACGAAUUGGAAGCAGUACCGCUUGAGAAUUACUGGGUGCUUGGUCUUUGUCCAUUGCCUGAUAUUCUAAAGACUAGAGAACUCAGUGUUUCAUAAACUUGAUCUGUUUUUGUGUUCAGAUGGGUGAGAUACCGGGAGAUGGAAACAGAUCCAUUUUCCAAAAUGUUGUGUUCCCUAGUUCUUAAAAUACUGGGCGAUGGACAAAGUCCAAAAGCCCAGUAAUUAUAAGUGUUAUACACCAUUGUCAAAACCCUUCAGAAUAUAAUUACCACUUUAGCCAAUUUGCCUAGUAAACUGUUGUUACACAUCUGAACUGAAUAUCCUUUUAGUCCAUAUUUGUACUGUGUAAAGUGUUAACAUGUGAUAGAGAAUGUCCCUAAAGGACAUUAUCAUAAAUUGUGCUGUCAAGCAGCUGAGGAUAUUAUUCAUUAUUAUUGAUAUGAUCAGAUAAUUGGCAGAUUGUAUUUGUGAUAACUGUACUUACCUUCUAUUCCACACUGUCCUGUCUGAAGUAAUUUCAUUGCAGCUUGAUGCUACAGGUCAAACUACAUGCCACUGAAGCAUUUGCAAAAAUUCUGCAGUUCUUUUAUCAUGAUGAUGCCAUCAGAUUUCUGUUUCAGUACCAACUUGAGUUUUGUUAGUUGGAGGGAUAACCUUCAAAGUAAAUCGUGGAUCUGAAUUUUUUCUGAAGAUCCUCACAAAGCGACACAGUUCUGCUUUUGCAGUCAGCAGGUGCACAGACUUGAAGCAGUGUGUCACAUGUUCAGAUGUUGUGUCAGAAUGCUAUGGCAUGAUCCAAUUAGAUCUUCACCUCAUUAGGAAAGUCACAGUGAUAGUGACACAGCUGUUUUCUGGAGCAAGCUCAUUGAUUUCUGUGUCACAUUUUCAUCCAUUUUGCUCAUAGAUGGAUAUCCUUAACACUCAGAACCAUUGACAGAUGUUGAACUGAGAAAACCAAUUAGAUGUUUUUAAGUUCUUUUCAUGAUUUCCUCUACAAAAAGAAGUUUUAAGAGCUCAUACAUUUCUGUAGCAGUUUCCCCUUGUUUGAAGCAGAACUUGAUGCACAUGAACUUGCUUGAAAUCUGCCUUUUUCUGGUAAGAUGUAAAUCACAGAAUGCAUGCAGCACAGCAUCACACUAUUGCUAAUGAGUGAUGCAAUCUGUACCUUUUAAAUGAAGGGAAAAUGACUUAGCAGAUUCUGCUCUACUUCCAUCUAACUGGAGGGUUUUUAACUAACUGUAGUAUUAUCAUAUCAUGGCCAGUUGAGAAACUAAGUGGCCACUCCACAAAAAAUUAAGUGUGCUGAAAAUUGUGUGAAUAAUUCAAGUGCCUGCCACUUUUGUCCACAGUAGAAUGUGACACUAUUCAUAUUAAAUGUUGAUUAGCCCUGUCA